CUAAAAUUGGUUUCGUGAUGAGGAAAGGUGAAGGAGCACAGCGUUGCGAUCUGUUGUCUUGUCUUCUUUGGAAAAAUCACAGAACUCUUUCUUUCCUUAUCUACAACCGAGGGAUACCAAUCCGAACUCAUUUUGCGUCAUGAAAUUCAAUAAUUAGACGUUUUAUUCUCAAAAGGAGACAUGGUCGAUUGAACAUUAAUACGACAUCCAGCCAAAAACUUAAUAUUUUAAUCACAUUUAGCCCAAUAUUUUUUCCUAAUAGAAAUGGAUUCGCUCAUCACUUCCACUGACUUCCAAAGUAACUGGACAACCAACUCCACUGCACAGAAUGAAACCGAGAUAUACUGGAACCAGUUUGUGCAACCGGUUUGGAGAAUAGUGCUCUGGGCAGUGGCUUACAGCACAAUUGUCAUCGUCUCCGUGGUGGGCAAUAUCACGGUGAUAUGGAUCAUUUUGGCGCACAAACGCAUGAGAACCGUGACGAACUAUUUCCUCGUGAACUUGGCAUUCGCUGAAGCUUCAAUGUCCGCAUUCAACACCGUUAUAAACUUUGUCUACUCCGUGCACAAUGAAUGGUAUUUCGGACUCUAUUAUUGCCGAUUCCACAACUUCUUCCCCAUAGCCGCCGUCUUCGCUUCUAUAUAUUCAAUGACCGCGAUUGCACUCGACAGAUAUAUGGCCAUCAUUCAUCCCCUGCAGCAGAGGAUGUCUGCAACUCAGACGAAGGUGGUCAUCGGGGUCAUCUGGGUGCUGGCUCUUCUGCUGGCCUUCCCCCAAUACUACUACUCCGACACAGACCAGCUGCCUGGCAGGGUGGUAUGCUACAUCGAUUGGCCUGAGUACACUGUUCUCGACUUCAAAACGAUGUAUUUUGUGUGCGUAGCAGUGCUGAUUUACUUCCUCCCUCUCCUGGUGAUGGGCUGUGCUUACCUGGUGGUGGGUUUGACUCUGUGGGCCAGUGAGAUCCCAGGAGAUUCAACUGACCGUUAUCAAGAGCAGCUGAACGCCAAACGCAAGGUGGUGAAGAUGAUGAUUGUGGUGGUAUGCACGUUUGCUGUUUGCUGGCUCCCCUAUCACGUCUAUUUCCUGAUUCACCAGUUCUACCCGUACCUGUUUGAGCAUCCCUUCAUUCAGCAGGUCUAUCUGACUAUCAUGUGGCUGGCAAUGAGCUCCACUAUGUACAACCCCAUUAUCUACUGCUGCCUCAAUGACAGGUUCCGUGCCGGAUUUAAGCAAGCAUUCCACUGCUGUCCAUGCGUCCCUGAGGGAUCCUACGAGGGUCUAGAGCUCAAGUCCACCCGGUACCUUCAAACCCAGACCAGUUUGUACAGGGCCAGUCGAAUGGAGACCACUGUGUCGUGCGUGAUGCAGCCUUGUGAAGAUGGCCAGAAGGUCACGUUUGGGAGCAUCAGAGGGGCCGCCGGGAGGCCACCAGUUCACAGCCCCUCCAGGGAGCUCACCUCCAAUGGCUCGUCAUCUCGCAGCAUCUCCAAAACCGUGUCGGAGACCUCCAGCUUUUACUCUAGUAACAACCUACAAGAAUGAGAGUGCAAAAGCACAAGAGUCAAGGAGAUCGAAUGCCACUGUUUUAGUGGAGAUGUAAUCCUCUUCAGUUCUCCCCCCAGUGUAAAUCUUGAGGAUUACCUUGAGUGUGUGCAGAUGUGUGUGUUUUAGCUGGUUGAGUACACACACGCUAAGCGUCUUCAAUUUCAAACGAUCCUUCAUCUUUCAUUCUUGACACAUUCUAUUCAUGAGGUUCAUAACUAUGAUUAAAGGAACAUUUACAUUGAUUUUUUGGGAAAUGCUUUCUUACCAAAGUGAUGUACAUGACAUAUUGCUUUGCGCUGGCUUAAAUGAGAGCAUGAUUGAUCGAUCCUGCAAUCACUGAAGACAUUUUAAAAGUUUACAUUAAUGGAAAUGUGAUGCAGUGGAACACUGAAUUUAUUGAAUAUGACCACUUAUAUUGGUCUUGCUAACAACAACCCAACUAUAAUAGGAAUAGGAAUAUCAGCGGAAGUACCCGUCUUAGUCCCCCAAGUCUCUAAAGAUGGCCCACCCGGCUCAAAUGAUACCAGAGUACAUGUUGUUUCUUUAGUGUUUUAUCUGCAGGUGUGAGAUGACCGCAGACUUCACAGCAUAUUUUCUCUGUAAGCACCUUCAAAAUCUCUAAACUGGCUGAGACUGAAUAAAAAACAGGGCAGGGAUCAUUCUAUUGAAAAUGUUUCGGUGGUUUCACGGUCAGUUAGAGCAAUGAUCCAGCCUGUGAAAGGAAAAUGAACCGUGUCAGUUGCCAAUAUCAACACCUUGUAGCUACACAGGCAAAUACAAAAGAACAAUAUUAAAUGGCUUUUCAAGGUGUGCCUGGAAACACAAAUGCGUGGUGGUGAAAGCUCUGAAUGCCUGUCCUGAUUUUGUGUGCUCUGAAUAAUAGAUCUGGAGAGGAACAUAUGUGAUGCGCAGAGAAUUUUUGUACUAGGGAUUUUUUUCUUCUUCUGUCGAUUAUUAUUUUUCUCUCCCUGUCUGUUUUUUUUUUUCAUAAUUGACCCUUUGCUACGCUCUGCCACUUAGUUACUGUUGCCAGCCUGGUGACUGCGGCUUACUCCUUGGAAAGAACUAGAGAUUGGAAUGAAGUGGUUAGAAUUGAUUAGAUCUUAUUUUUAUAUAGGAUAAAAUGAAUAAUGACAUAUUUUUAUCUGCUUUUUUAAAUGAUGCACUCAGUAAUGUGAUAAAAUGCUGCAGAGACCGCAAGUUAAAACCAAGCCAAACACUUCUCAGUCAGCUGAAAAGCAAUAGCGAAUACAUGAAAACUUCUGAACACUACAAUGACAUACAUUUACAAUGACAUUUGCAAGAAAAAAAGGAGAAGAGCAUAAUAAUUACCAUUACAAUUAGAUUAAGUACUAUUGCAAUAUUCCUUCAUAUAAAAUCUAUAUUAGCACUGCUAUAGGUGUUGCGGUCGAGAACGAGUGUCUCUGAAAUCUUGGCUACGUUUUCCAAAUGCAUCAUAAACAGUGAGUGGGUCAUUAAAUCAGCAGCAGCUCCCAUUUCAAUCUCUAGAUACCUUUUUGUGUCACUUGACCUCUGGCAACAAAAGAAUAAUAUGUAUUCAAGUAUAUCUCAGUCAGACCAGGAGGUUGGGGAAUGGAGUGGGGGAUAGUAAACCGAACCCCACAGUUACCAGUUGUGAUUUUGGUGGCUCAUUUCGAGCUGCGCCUCUGCAGUGCCUUUCUAUGCUGCAUACUCAGAUAUUUGCGGGUCUGGAUGGACACAGCAGUUGCUGACUUCUGAGGUAUGAUUAGUCAUUAGGCGGAGCUUAGCCAAGUGCCAAUUCUGUAGUUAUUCUGUUGUACAAGCAUUCACACGCUCACAUUCCUCUCAAGGCCAGAGUAAAAUUAGCCCUCCAGGCACCUCCCUUGAUACAGUCACAGCAAUAUGAUACUGAGGGUACACAGGAUUAUGGGACAAAGGGGGAGGUUGAAGUGACCACCUGCUGCUGUUCUUGACUGGGAUUGUGACAGUGGUGUCCGUUUCCCAAAACAGAGGUCCAUGCUGUUCUUAUGUAUAAUUGUAACAGACUGGCUCGUCACAUGAUUGUGGGUCUGAGCUCUCAUUGUUCACACAGUGGCAGCAGGCUUGUUAUGGUGCAAUAUGUUCAGAAUAUUUCGGACGGUAAAUGACUGUGAUCUGAAUGUGCCUGACUGUUGGGCAGGUGCUGACAGCUUAUUCCAGGAAUAAAUUA